AUGGGCAAUGUGGCCACCCGAAAACGUCCUGGGUGCCAUCAUACUGCCAGAAGUGAUGAGAACGAAGAAGAAGAAGAUGGACCAGCCAGGAAAAGAUUAGGAUUGCAGAAAAUCAUACAGAAAAUGAAUAUCAGAAGCAAACAUCACAAGCUCGCCUUCAAAUCCCGUCUACAAAAACUCAAGAAUUGUCGGCCCCAUUUAAAAAGGAGAACAUACAAAGUUGAAGAAGCCGAUCCUCGUCCUCCGUUACCCAGAUUCAUUGUGGACGACUACGACAACUAUGAAAAACCUGAAACUGCGAAUCGAAAAGAAUUUGCUAUUCCAUGGUUUGAGCAUCUUUUCCUGCCUGAAUUCCCAACAAGAAGUGUCAUCAAUGAGAAGAGUUUUAUUCUGGAACGCCAAUUAGGUCGUGGAUCGUUUGGAGUUGUUUAUUGUGCAAGUGCAAUUCAUGACUCUGAAAGAAAGUUUGCGAUUAAAAUGCAAGAAAAACGAGAGAUUAUAUCCAAGAGAGCGGUUCUGCAAGUCAAAAGAGAAGCUAGUAUUCAGCGUCUUCUUCCCGCUCAUCCAUUCAUCGCAAGGACUUAUUCUACGUGGCAAACAAGAACUCAUCUAUAUUCGCUGCUACAGUACCCAACAGGCUCAACCGGUGAUCUAUUUUCAAUUUGGAGGCAACGAGGAUCUUUAUCAGAAGCUGCUAUUAGAUUAAUUGGAGCUGAGUUGGCUUCGGCAAUUGAUUUUCUCCACCGAAAUGAUGUUAUUUAUCGAGAUGUCAAACUGGAAAAUGUGGUUCUGGAUCAAUGGGGACAUGCAUUACUCAUUGAUUUUGGAUUGGCAAAGAAACUGAAACCAGGAUGCAGUACUGGAACAAUUUGCGGAACUCUACAGUAUAUGUCACCUGACGUCGCAUCUGGACAUACAUAUUCUCAUUAUGUUGAUUGGUGGUCCCUUGGAGUCCUUCUACACAUUUUGCUCACUGGAAUAUACCCGUAUCCAAAUUCAGAAGCAACUCAUCAUGCGAAUUUGAAGUUUAUUGACUACAGUACCCCAAUAGGAUGUUCCAGAGAGUUUGCGAAUCUAAUGGAUAGAAUGUUGGCAGUCUCACAGACUCAUCGUCUCUGCUCAUUUACAGUUCUUCAUGCUCAUCCAUUUUUCCGAUCCAUCAAUUUCAGUAAACUAGAGCAAAAGGACUAUACACCAGCUUCUGAGAUUGGAAAUGCAGAGUAUGAUACAUAUCAGCAAAACGAUGAAACUUUGGAUGAUGCGCUGUUCAAGGAAAAUUAUGAUUUUGAUCGAUUCGAUUAUUUUAAUGAUCGCUUUUAA